AUGGUGGUGGUGAUUGUCCUUGUUCUAGUCACUCUAGUCCUGGUUGUCGCUGACGCUCCUUCAGCUGAGGAGGAAGUUGAGGCUGUGGCAGGCAAAGGUCCAGCCAUGGAAUCUGUGAGCUACGAUGGGUACAUACUAAAGGGCCCAAAGGCCACACGCCCAGAACGACUUCCAGGUGCUGCCAAGCCUGCUCCAGAGAGUUUAGCUUCGAAGGAGAUGUUUGAUCCCACCACCUUUGUGCCUCGAGAGAAGGACAUCCACCCCUACUUGAAGCCUGGCCUUGUGCCGUGGUUGGUGAUCCUUUGGUGGAUCAGCGGCGUGCUGAUUCUUUUGCAGGCUUCCGGCUGGAAAGCACUGCGGGUAGCCCCACUGAUCCGUGAUAGUGAAGAGGGACCUCAGCCGAUUGAGCAGGGCGCAGCUUUCCUGUGGCUUGAACUUGAGGAAAGCCGCACCUCCACGUCUCAGCCGCUCCUGGGAGAGAAGAUCGAAACCACUUGGCCUUCUGGUGCCUUCCCACGUCGCCUUGCGUGUGCAACAGAUGGUGCCAAUGUCAUGCUGGCAGCUGCAAGCCGCUUCGGCCUUUUCCAGGCUGCCAUGUCGCUGAGCGAUGCUUGGCUGGGUGAAGGUGAUGCAGCUGCAGGUACUCAGCAUUGUGCCUACGCAGAGACCACCAGUGGCCGACUAGUAGAGUUGAAGUCUGGCCUUGGAGGUUCGGGUCGGCCAGAUUGGCUCCCAACACGGGUGCUGAUGGCUGACACUCACAAAGCAAUGCGCAGAGGUGGUGAUUUGCAUAUUUUGGGCGACCGAUACUUGGGGAUGCUGGGCGCUGAUGGCGCUGAACUCCGAGCUUUUGAUGUCCAGAAUUCAGGCGCCAAAUAG